UGUAGCUAACCUGAGUGGUGCUGAAGGAAAAAUACCGAAAAGGUCUCAAAAAGAGAACUUAAAUGAUAAAUUUAGUGAACUUAAAAGCAAAAUGACUCCAGAGCAACAGAUUGUAAUCGAGUACAUGGAAUUAAAGUUUUUGUCGGUAGAAAAACAAAUUACAAGUGCGAAAAGGAGCAUUUUGUAUGAUUUUGGCCAGAAGUAUCAAACACACUCAUCUCAUAAAUCUAAUAAUUCAGCGGCAUCGACAUAUCAAGCAGACGAGUCCUGGCAAUAAAAAUUGAUGUUUCGUUCCCUAUUGAAGACUUGGAAAUUUUUAAAUCAUUUGAUGAGAAUUUGAAGAUCAAUAUCGAAAUGAGAAAUGUUGUUAAAACUAUGUUCAAUGCCUGGACUUGUGGAGGCUGUGACUAUGAUAAAGACAUCAAAAAAAUUAUGUCAGAGUUAUUAAAAAAAGAAAUACAAAUUUUAUACAGCGGAGUUGGACGAGUAACGAAAGGUGUUGGAAAGGAAAAUUUCAGUGCUACUGAAGUUUUUUCAUUGAUUCGAGAGUUCAUCGAAAACAAAUAUUCUGACCAAAAAAAAACCAUGAAGAUUAUCAGGGUCAUAAGUACGUAUCUAUCCGGAGCUGGAGAUCGUGACGGUGGAAGAUUAACACGUCCAAAAGAUUAAAUAAAAUAAUCUCUAUUUA